AAGUUUGUUUGCACUAUGCACUAAAUAUUUUGAGUUUUGCUUUCGCAAUUAUUAAUAAAUAAAUGAAGAAGUGAUUUGAUGUUACUAAUGAGAUAACAUGUAACUUAUUCUAUACCCUUCUUUUGUAAUAUGUGAUACACAACUACAUAGUAAAUCCACAUUAAAAAUUAUUUAUGUUCAUAAAGAUAACCUCAGCUUCCCAAAACAAUGUAUUCUAUUUGUCGACAAACUCAUCCUGCAACUGGAGUGGAGCAUGCUGUAAGCUGCUGUUUUUUCGACACCGAAGAAACAUGCCUAGUGACCGCUGGAGCUAACAUUGUUAAAGUUUAUAGACUUGUACCGGAAGGCAACACGAAAGAAAUUAAUGCCGCUGGUCAACCUAUACCUCCAAAAAUGAAGCUAGAAUGCCUGGCCUCAUAUACUCUUUGGGGUAAUGUGAUGUCAAUACAAUCUGUGAAGUGUCCAAGUGCAGGAAGGGAUAUUUUAUUGAUUUCAUUCAAGGAAGCCAAACUAUCUGUGGUACAGUAUGAUCCACAGACUAAUAAUUUGGUCACAUUAAGUAUGCAUUAUUUUGAAGAAGAUGAUAUGAAGGGUGGUUGGACAACUCAUCCUCAUAUACCCUGGAUAAGAGUAGACCCCGAGUUCAGAUGUGCAGUUAUGUUAUUAUAUGGCAAGAAACUUGCUGUGCUACCAUUCAGGAAAGACAUCACUUCCGAAGAUGGUGAUCCACUUGAAUCUAAACCUUUUGACGACAAGAAGACUCAAUCGACACAGCCAGUGAUGAGGACUCCAACACUGGCUUCAUAUGUUAUUGUAUUAAAGGAUUUGGAUGAGAAGAUCGACAACAUAUUGGAUCUACAGUUUCUCUAUGGAUACUACGAGCCCACACUGCUGUUGUUGUAUGAACCGGUCAGGACGUUUCCUGGUCGUACAGCGGUCCGGUCAGACACGUGCGCGAUGGCUGGAGUUUCUCUCAACAUGAGCGCACGUGUACACCCCGUCAUUUGGGCCAUCGGAGGCUUGCCGUUUGACUGCCUUCAGGCCGUCCCCGUGCAAAAACCACUCGGUGGUUGUCUUAUCUUGGCUGUGAACUCAUUAAUCUACCUAAACCAAUCUGUUCCUCCUUAUGGAGUAUCUCUCAACAGCAUCGCAACACACACAACUAAUUUUCCACUCCGGAUACAAGAAGGCGUGUGUAUAACUCUGGACGGCGCGAAGGUGGCCACACUGGGUGAGAGCCGUGUGGCGCUGGCGUUGGGUGGAGGUCAGCUGUACGUACUCACGAUGUUGUCUGACUCAGUUCGGAGCGUCAACAGCUUCCACCUGGACCGGGCGGCAGCUUCUGUGCUCACCAGCUGCAUGUGCGUUAUAGAAGAGGACUUCCUGUUUCUCGGCUCGCGUCUCGGCAACUCGUUGCUGCUGAGAGUGACGGAGAGAGAGAAUAGGAUGAUAUUCUCUAUUGACAGGCCGUUGCAGACCACCGUUGAUCUCACAUCGGAAAAUGAGAACAUGGUACAAGGUAACAGCGAGUCAGACCCGGCCAGCAAGCGGCGCCGCAUGGACAGCAUCAGCGACUGUGUGGCCUCCAACGUGAUCGAGAUCAGUGACAAGGACGAGCUGGAGGUCUAUGGCUCCGACAUCCGGACGUCCACCCAGCUCACCAGCUACGUCUUCGAGGUCUGUGAUUCUCUUCUCAACAUUUGCCCAAUCGGUGACAUAUCCAUGGGUGAGGUGCAGUUGAUAAGCGAUGCCGAAGCGAGCGACGAGAGGAGAUCCAACGAAGCCAUAGAACUGGUGGCGUGCUGCGGCCGAGGGAAGAACGGUGCUCUCGCCGUGUUGCAGCGCUCGCUUCGACCCCAGCCUGUCACAGCGUUCGACUUGCCUGGUUGUAUCGACAUGUGGACAGUGAUCGGGGAGCAGUCAGAUCCGCCCAGGGACAUGCACAAGGAUAUGGAAGGGUCGCAUGCCUACCUCAUCCUCACUCAAGAUGAAUCCAGUAUGAUUUUACAAACGGGCCAAGAGAUCAACGAAGUGGACAACUCUGGUUUCAUGACGAGCGCCCCCACGGUGUUCGCGGGCAACCUGGGCUGCAACAAGUUUAUGGUGCAGGUCACCACCACCACCAUACGACUUAUCAAAAACGGUGUGCUAAUUCAGACAAUAUCGCUGGAGUGGACUGCUCGCAGUGCGCUAAUCGCCGACCCUUACAUCUGCGUGCUGUCGCAGUGCGGUCGCGCGCUCGUGUUGGCACUGCGAGAGACGCGUGGCAACUCGGGACGGCUAGCCCCCACGCGGCAGGCGGUUCCUCACCGGCCGGGAAUCGUCCGCGCGGCUCCCUACCGCGAUCUCAGCGGCAUGUUCGGCAAUUCGCACACCCAUGUCACUCAGGUGAAGGGCGAGUUCACGGGGAAGAUUAAAAAGGGUGUGAAGGCCGAGGGUCUGAAGCCGGGUGCAGUUUACGAGAUCAACGAUGAAGAUGAACUGCUGUACGGAGGUGAUCAGACACCAGCCUCCAUGGCUAGUAUUAUGUUAGCGGAACAGUCGAAAAACCCGGGCGUGCCGCGACGUGUGACGCGCUGGUGGCGGCGGCAGUUGUUCGAGAUAAAGCCCACUUACUGGCUGUUCGUGGUGAGGGACAACGGAAACCUGGAGAUAUACUCGCUGCCCGAGAUGAAGCUCAGCUUCCUGGUCAAGGACGUGUGCGCGGGCCAUAGGAUACUGGCUGACAGUCUAGAAUCGCUGGAGCCUUCCGAAGUGGAAGAGGAAAUAGCGACGGGCAAGAGCGUGCACGUAGAGAAACUGUUAGAGAUGCUGUGUGUUGGUCUGGGUCACAAGGGCUCCCGACCGCUGAUGCUGCUCCGGUUGUCUGACACACUCCUCAUAUAUCAGGCAUAUAAGUACGGGCGAGGCAACCUGAAGGUUCGGUUCUCCCGCAUACAAGCGUCGUUCCCGUUCGGGUUCCGCGGGGAGCCGCUCGCCUGUCCCGAGGACUCCUACGAGGCCGCCUCCAUCAGAGAGAACGUGCGCUACCUGAGAUACUUUGGUAACGUGGGCGGAUACAGCGGCGUGUUCAUUUGCGGGACGACGCCGUACAUGUUGUUGUUGAGUGGGCGGGGUGAGUUGAGGCUCCACCCGCUCGCGGUCAAGGACGCGCCCGUCGCCUCAUUUGCGUCCUUCAAUAACACUAAUUGUCCACAGGGAUUCUUGUAUUUCAAUGCUAAGGGUUCCAUGCGUAUCAGCGUGCUCCCCACACAUCUCUCGUACGACUCGCAGUGGGCGGUGCGCAAGGUGCCGCUCCGGGAGACUCCCCACGCUGUCACCUUCCACUUGGAGUCGAAGACGUACUGCCUCGUCACGUCGGUGUCGCAGCCCACCACAACGUACUACAAGUUCAAUGGCGAAGACAAGGAGAAGAGUACUGAAAAUAAAGGGGACAGGUUUCCAUAUCCGAUGGCGGAACGGUUCUCCGUUAUGUUGUUUUCACCCGUGUCGUGGGAGGUGAUCCCCAACACCCGAGUGGAGCUGGACGAGUGGGAACACGUCACCUGUUUGAAGAACGUCUCGUUAUCUUAUGAAGGAACCACAUCGGGUCGGCGAGGGUAUAUCGCGAUUGGCACUAACUAUAAUUACAGCGAAGACAUCACUUCUAGAGGCAGGAUAAUAAUGUACGACAUCAUUGACGUGGUCCCCGAGCCGGGCCAGCCUCUCACCAAGAACCGCUUCAAGGAGAUCUACGCCAAAGAGCAGAAGGGACCAGUUACCGCUAUCGCGCAGGUUCUGGGCUUCCUCAUAUCCGCUGUUGGACAGAAGAUAUACAUAUGGCAGCUCAAAGACAACGAUCUGGUGGGCGUGGCUUUCAUAGACACGCAGAUAUACGUGCACAGAAUGUUGUGCGUCAAGAACCUGAUCCUGGUGGCGGACGUGUACAAGAGUAUAUCGCUGCACCGGUACCAGGAGCAGCACAGGACUUUGUCGCUCGUGUCCCGGGAUCUGAGAUCUGCACAGAUAUACGAAAUGGAGUUCAUGGUGGAUAACGCCAGCCUGGGCUUCCUGGUGAGUGAGGCGGAGGGGAACCUGGCGGUGUUUAUGUACCAGCCGCAGGCCAGGGAGAGCUACGGAGGUCAACGUCUGAUCCGCAAAUGUGACUACCACCUGGGGCAGCAGGUGCAUGCCAUGUUUCGUAUUGCGGCGCGGGACUCGGACCACAGGCGGCAUGUCACCAUGUACACAACUCUGGACGGCGGUCUCGGCUACGUGCUGCCGGUGUCGGAGAAGGUGUACCGGCGACUGCUCAUGUUGCAGAACGUAAUGAACAACCACUGCUGUCAUAUCGCCGGCCUCAACCCGCGAGCCUACAGGACGUACAAGAGCGCGCGGCGCGGGCCGGGAGCAGGACCUGCCCGCGGCAUCUUGGACGGAGACCUGGUGGCCGGGUACUCCGCCAUGCCGGCCCACGACCAGCAGGACAUCGCUAAGAAAAUUGGCACGAAGGUGGAAGAGAUAUUGGCUGAUCUGUACGAGAUUGACAGAGUGACUGCACACUUCUAGACCUAUUAGUUGUAACUGUACAUAGCUUGUGAUAAGAAGAUUAAAGUUAUUUUAGUAUA